AUGGCGCAACGAACAACUCUUCGCAUAGUCCUGGAAAACGUGGAUUUCCGCCUUCCCACCCAGGUGACAGAUGACAACAGCGUCGUCGCUCUGAAGAGCCUUGUCUUUGAGCCUUUAUUGCGAUGGCAACCACACGGAGCUGUGAAACCCGGUUUAUUCGACCACUGGACUCACUCGCCAGAUGGGAAAACAUGGAAUUUCCAUAUCCGCGACAGUGCUAUCUUUCAUGAUAGGAAGAUCUGUACAGCCGAAGAUAUUGUGGAGUAUAUUCACGGCAUUCUUGACUCUCGAGAUUACUUCGGGAUGCUUUGGAGCUAUAGCCGAUAUUUUAAGAAUACCAAAUUCAAUGCAGUGGAUGAGAGAACGGUGAAGGUUGAGAAUCCGGAUCCAAUUGCAGAUAUUCUUGAUAUUUUCUGUGAAUUCUGGCCAUCCAAGAUCGCGGGUGAUGGAAAGCCGGUUCUGGGAACGGGUCCGUAUAGGGUUACGGAAUUCGAGAGGGCGAACGGAAUUGGAAGAGCCAAAUUGGAGCGUGUAGGCUCGACCAGCUCUGUGCCCGACAUUAUCAUAGCCAUACAUGAACCAGAUGGAUAUAAAAGACUUCUGGCUCUGAGAAAUUCCGAGGUGGAUGUGGCUCUGAACCUAGAAAGGGCGAAUAACCUGAAUCUCUUAGACCUCGACGAUACUAGUAUUCGAUGGGGUCGCACGCCAAGCACUUUAUCAGCAAUUUACUAUCUCAACUGUACGGCGGGGAUAUUCCAGUCUUCAGAUGCUCGUCUUGCCGCUAAUCUGGCUAUCGAUCGAAGGAAACUGGUAAAUGAAGUUUAUCAAGACUUCGCGACUCCCUCCGCCACCAUUGUGAGCCCCUUCCAUCUUGGGUUUACUGAGGCGGGACUAGAGCCGUUCCCAUAUGACCAAUCUAGGGCUCGAGCCUUGUUCGAGGCACUAAGUCCUAGUACGAGCAGGGCAAUCAAUCUUCGCACGCCGGAGUAUAUGCCAGAACACGCCCAGAAAAUCUCUAGCUUCGUUGCAUCUUCGCUCGAGGCGGUGGGCUUCAAAGUUACCAUCGAGGUUGAGAGAAAUCGCCCCGAAUAUGCACGGCAAAUUGGAUUGCACAAGCAGAUUGGUGAUCUUGCACUUUUUGAUUCAACGCCAAACAGCACGUUUCGAGUUCUUGAUGAUAAGAUCUCGAGCGAAUCUCACAAUACGUGGUGGCUGGGAUAUCAUGAUGAAGAGGUCCAGAGGUUGUUUGGGGAGGCGAGACAAAACGUGAAUAGGGAUGAUCGGGCCCAUGGCUAUGCAAAAUGCUUGAGAAGGUUGCAGGAGAAUCCACCAUGGUUGUAUAUUGCUCAUCCACACGUGGUUUGGGCCACGAGUGUUGGUUUGGAAGUGGGAAUAAACAUCGGUCCAUCUGGGGUGCUCACUCUGAGUAGUGUUUGA